AUGGCGUCCACCACGCCCACCACCACUCACGAGUGGACCGCUCCAAAGGUUCGAGAAACCUUUCUCAAGUACUUUGAAGAACGAGGCCAUACAUUCGUGAGAUCCUCCCCCGUUGUUCCUCUGUCGGAUCCCACCCUUCUCUUUACAAAUGCGGGCAUGAACCAGUUCAAACCUAUCUUCCUCGGCACAGUCGAUCCCUCGAGCAAAGAAGGCCAGUAUAAACGAGUGGUCAACUCGCAGAAAUGCAUACGUGCUGGCGGAAAGCACAACGACCUCGAAGAUGUCGGCAAGGACAGCUAUCACCAUACCUUUUUCGAGAUGUUAGGUAACUGGUCGUUUGGCGAUUACUUCAAGAAGGAGGCCAUCCUAUUCUCUUGGGAGUUGCUGACCGAGGUAUUCGGGCUGGACCCGGAUAGAUUGUAUGUCACCUACUUUGAAGGAAACGAAGCCGGCGGUCUGGAGCCCGAUCUGGAGGCACAGGAGAUCUGGAAGAGUGUCGGGGUUCCUGAGGACCACAUACUGCCUGGUAACAUGAAGGACAACUUUUGGGAAAUGGGCGACCAGGGACCGUGUGGCCCUUGCUCCGAAAUCCACUAUGAUCGCAUCGGUGGUCGCAACGCCGCCAGCCUCGUCAACCAGGAUGACCCCAACGUGUUAGAAAUAUGGAAUAAUGUGUUUAUCCAAUACAACCGAGAACCCGACAGGAGCUUACGGCCGCUACCGAACAAGCACGUCGACACAGGCAUGGGCUUUGAACGACUGGUCAGUGUCCUGCAAAACAAGAUGUCCAACUACGAUACCGAUGUCUUCACUCCGAUAUUUUUGCGAAUCCAGGAAGUCACCGGUGCCAGACACUACUCGGGAAAGUUCGGCAAAGAGGAUGUUGACGGGAUCGACACUGCCUACAGAGUCGUGGCGGAUCAUGUACGGACAUUGACUUUCGCGAUCAGUGACGGCGGUAUCCCCAACAAUGAAGGAAGAGGAUAUGUUGUCCGACGAGUGCUGAGACGUGGUGCGCGAUAUGCUAGGAAAUACUUCGACGUCGAAAUUGGCGAUUUCUUCUCCAAAAUUGUGCCUACCCUGGUGGAACAGAUGGGCGGCAUGUUCAGGGAGAUCGUCGCGAAAGAGGACGAGGUCAAGGAAAUCCUCAACGAGGAAGAACUCUCUUUCGCAAAGACACUAGAUCGUGGGGAGCGGCAAUUCGAGGUGUAUGCCCAGAAGAGUCAGGUUCAAGGGCUAAAGAAACUGCAUGGUGCCGAUGUCUGGCGGCUAUAUGACACUUUUGGGUUCCCGGUCGAUCUCACACGGCUCAUGGCUGAAGAAAGAAACCUUUCUAUUGACGACAACGAGUUCGAGGCUGCCAGAUUGGCUGCCAAAGAAGCCAGCAAGGGUCAGAAGAAAGCGUCAAGUGGUGUACUCAAGCUGGAUGUGCAUGAUCUAGGUCAACUAGAGAAAAUGCCCGGCGUGACGAAAACGGACGACAGUGCCAAAUACGGCAGGCAGAAUAUCACCAGUACAGUCCAGGCGAUAUACCAUGCGAAGAAGUUCCACACCGACACAAAGAAUAUUCCAGAGGAUGAUGAAAUUGGUAUUAUUCUCGAUCGAACAUGUUUUUACGCGGAACAGGGUGGCCAGGAGUACGACAUCGGUCGCAUCGUCAUUGAUGGACAAGCGGAACUUGAAGUGGAAAAUGUUCAGCUUUAUGCCGGCUAUGUGCUCCACACAGGUUACAUGAAAUACGGUCACUUCUCAGUAGGGGACAAGGCAAUCUCUGAGUACGACGAACUGAGAAGAUGGCCCAUACGGAAUAACCACACUGGUACACAUAUUCUCAACUUCGCUCUGAGGGAGGUCUUGGGUGACGGUGUGGAACAGAAGGGCUCAUUGGUUGCCCAGGAAAAGCUAAGAUUCGAUUUCAGUCACAAAUCAGGUGUCUCAGACACUGAUCUGCAGAGGAUCGAGGACAUAUCGACAGAGUAUAUCAGGCAGAAUUGCCCAGUAUACGCCAAGGAUGUGCCUCUUGUGAUUGCACGGGAGAUUGCAGGCGUCAGAGCCGUGUUCGGUGAAACCUACCCUGAUCCAGUUCGGGUCGUGUCGGUCGGCGUUGAAGUCGACGAUAUCCUGAAAAAUGUCAAGGAUGAGAGAUGGAAAACGGUCAGCAUCGAAUUCUGCGGUGGCACGCAUGUUAGAAGCACGGGCGAUAUCAAGGACCUCAUCAUCCUCGAAGAAGGCGGCAUCGCCAAAGGCAUCAGAAGAAUCAUCGCCGUCACUGGCGAGGACGCCCAUGAAGUUCAACGCGUGGCGGAAGAGUUCUCUGCGAAACUCGACAAGCUUGAGAAGAUGCCAUUCGGCUCGCCGAAGGAACAAGAAGCCAAGGCCACACAGCUUGAACUCAACAACUUGUCGAUAUCCGCGGUGAGAAAGUCACAAUUCCGAGAUCGCUUUGCCAAGAUUACCAAGGAGAUUCUCGAACAGCAGAAAAAGUUGCAGAAAGAGGAGACGAAGAAGGCCAUCGACACGAUAACGGAAUAUUUUGACAAGAAUCCCAAGGCCCAAGGGGCGGUUCUGAGGUUGCCGAUCGGAGGAAAUCCCAAGAUUGUACCAGAUGUGGUCAAGCAUGUGCAGAGCAAGAUGAAGGACAAGAGCGUGUAUAUUAUUGUCGCUGAUGAGAUGGAUCCUGAGGGCAAGGUUUACCAUGGAUGUUUUGUCGGCCAGAAUGGCCUAAAAGCCGGUAUGAAAUCUCCGGAGUGGUCGUCAACAGUAUCGAGUCUUGUUGGCGGCAAAGCUGGUGGCAAGGAGCCAGUUGCCAUUGGCACAGGAACGGAACAGUCCAAGAUCGACGAGGCGUUGAAGGCUGCAACGGAUUAUUUGGAGAAAUUCAAGCUAUGA